AUGGCCGAUAUUAAAAGCGUUGUGGCCUCCAUUUCGGCGAGCAUCCGCGAGCCGUCGAAGGAUGACGUUAUAUACCUGGACGAGUGCAGCGUGACCGGUUACAAGGACAUCUUCGAGGACGGCGUGUUCGUGGACCUAGUUUCCUUCGAGAGCUUCAGCCUGAAGUGCCUUAAGUACAACUACAAUCGAGCGCACCAAGGCAGCGGCCAGAACCCAGGAGACAACACAGGAAGGUUCUAUCUAAAUAUCAAGAAAAAAAAAAAAUUACUCGACAAGAUAGAAAAAAGCGAAAUAAAAAAUCUGACUCUGAACGUGGAAGGAGGUUUCAAGGAGAGUAAGGUAUACGAGUACCAGUUCGAAUAUGCACUAUACGACUUGGAGACAAACAUGUACAUUAGUUUAGAUCAAAUCGAAGACGAGCGUGUAAAAAAUAUAUGCAACAGUAUAAUCAGUCACAAAAAUGAGAUAAAGAAGGAGAGUCCCAACAAAUGGGUGAACGAAAUAAAGGAAAGCAAGUACGCAAAGGAUCUUGUACAGCUACCAAAUAUUACAAUAAAAAAUGAAAAUCUUGAAUGUGCAGUUUGCAAAGCGAAGAAGAAUAUAUGGUUGAACUUAUCCGAUGGGUACAUAGGGUGUGGAAGAAAAAUUUUUAAUUAUGGAGGGGGGUGUCUGAACAAUGAAGAAGGAGCAGCAUUAAAGCAUUAUUACGAGAGUGGAAAGAAAUACCCCUUAGUUGUGAAACUAGGAACCAUCACCAAGGAGGGAGAAGCAGAUGUAUUUUCCUACGCAGAUGACGAAAAUGACAGUGUAAUAGAUCCAUACAUAGAUGUACAUCUGAAAAAUCUAGGAAUUAAUAUAACAAAUUUGAAUAAAACAGAAGUUACCACUUUGGAGAAAGAAAUAAAGGAAAAUCAAAACAUAAAUUUUUCUUCCAUACUUGAUAAGGAUACGCAGGUUGUAUGUAAGGAGGGAAAGGUUGGCUUCCUCAACUUAGGAAAUACAUGCUACAUGAAUUGCGCCCUGCAAGUCUUCCUCUCCAUAAAAGAGAUCAGCUACAGGUAUAUAGGCAAUCAGUUGGACUUCCUACUAACCCUAGACAGGAAAAAUAAAACGCACUACGAUAUGUUCAUUCAGUAUGCAAAACUCUGCUCCAUGAUUUUUAAAGAAGAAUAUAUUAACAAGAAAAAAAAUUAUAUAAAAAAUUUUAAAGAAGAAUGUGAGAUGAGAAGUGUGGAUGUAACUUACGAUAGCGAUGUAGAUGAAGAAAAAUGUGUGAGUAUCAAUCCGUCUAUGUUUCGAGCAUGUCUAAAUCAAAAGGGAAACCCUUUCUGUAAUAACAACCAGCAGGACAUCUUCGAGUUUUUAAGCUACCUUCUGAAUGAACUGAUCGAAAAUGAAAAUGUUAUUUUUCAGAGACUCCUAAACGGGAACAAUUCCAUUAAGAGGAAAAUCAACCAGCUGGAGAAUAUCGAACAGGGAGGGGAAAUCGAAAAGGAGGAGAAAUUUAAGAAGAGCAACGAUAUCAUGUCCCAAGCGGAUGGUGCAAACACACAAGGGGAUAAUCAACACAAAAGCGAAAAGUCCCUCUUCAACCUCUUCACCUUCGAAAUGGAACAAACCAUUGUAAGUGGUGAGAAUGACGUAAGUAGGAGCUCCUUCCAUAAUAACAUCCUCUCGUUGGACAUCCCCCUGGAUAAUGCUGUGUUGAAGAAAUUGGAAGGAGAGACUUCCCCGACUGCUUCUUCUGCUCCGACUGCUUCUGCUCCGCCCAACUGCCUGAACAAUUUCAUAAAAAAGGACCACAUCGAUGAAUACUACAGUGAGGAGAAAAAAACGAAAAUGUUGGCCCAGAAGGACAUCAAAUUUAAGAGCUUCCCACCGUACCUUUUUAUUCACAUUAAAAGAUUUUACGCGGAUGAAAAUUGGAGCGCAAAGAAGAUCAACAUUCCCGUUCAGACAGAUGAGUACAUUAACUUAGAGUUUAUGCGAUCGGAGAAGAGGCCUGUUGGGGGGGAUAGCAAUAGUGGGUAUGGGGAAGAAGGACAAGGAAAGAACUGCGUGGAUGGUUCCCAUACAGGGAAAAAAAACAGCGAGGAGUAUAUCAUGCAGCAGCAUAAGGAUCUGUUCGACUCCCUUUUAGACCUCGGAUUUGAAAAGGAAAAAGUUUUGGAGGCCAUCAGAAAAGUGAAGGUCAAAAAUGUGAACAACUGCAUCUCGUAUAUUUAUGGAGAAGAUUCGGUGGAACUGGACCUGCAGGAAAUUAGCCAAGGAACGGAUGUCAACUCGGAAAAUUUAAAUUCCAUUGUCAGCAUGGGUGUGAACAAGGACGUGGCUAUGGCUUCCCUCCUCAUAAAUAAAAACGACUUGCAAAAAUCUAUCGAUUAUAUUUUCUCCAAUUUGGACGUCCUCACGGAGACCAAGUGCGCCGCGAUUGUGAACAGGAACAAGUGCGAGGACGGCUUGGCCAACUACGAACUAGUCGCUUCCAUCGUGCACAUGGGAAGCAACGCCAACUCGGGCCACUACAUCUGCUACAUAAAGGACGAUUCUCAGUGGUACGUAUACAACGACAAUAAGAUUGGCCUGGUCGACACGAACAAGGGCAAGGACACGGCAUAUAUCCAUUUGUACAAGAGGAUCUGA